CACCUGAUACUUUACCUACCUGAGCUCAGACCCAGCAUCUCAUUACCUUUCCAAUACAAUCCAUAACUGAGGCUCAUUGUGUCCUGUAAACUCCAGCAGCCAAGGUGGUCCUCUGUAUUCUCCUCCACUCAGACAAAGACAAGGCGCCAUGGCUGUGGCUAAUUUCCAGUACAUUACUCGGAUGAGCAGUGGCUUUAAGGUCUACAUUUUGGAGGGUCAACCCCACCUCAGGAGUGAGGACCGGUACAGAAAUAUGACAAAUGACCGGGCAAGAGCCCCAGCAGUGUAUCCCAUCAAACGGAAACGCAGCCAUGAGAGAGGACUAACUCUGGAAGAAAGGCGAGAGCGGGCAAUAAGCAGAAGCAUUGGCAAAAUGGCCCAGAGAGCUGCACCCACACCUGCUGUGCCUAGCAGUCAACAGAGUCCAACAUUUGCCCAGAGUCCAGCACCCAGCCCCACCAGCCCUCUGCCCACCCAUCUGUACUGUACACCGGUCAUGGACGAACCUAUUGCUCUCAUUAAGAAACCAAGAAAAGAUCCAGAAAGCACUGAGGAAAAGGCUAAAAGCUCAGCUUCCAGUCAAAUCCAGAUGCGUCCCUCUGUGAUCACUUGUGUGUCCUCAUUAAGAAACCCCUCCGGCAGAUCUGAGGUUCACAAAAGCAACUCAACAGUGGUAUCCAAAGGCAACUAUGAUCACGUUCUGGAGGAGCAUUUUCAGAGAAGUCUUGGAGUGAACUACCAGCAAACUCAUUCCCAGCAGCUCUCAAUCAGCGUGUCUGUUGAUGAUCACUUUGCCAAGGCUUUAGGAGACAAGUGGCUCCAGAUUAAAUCAAAGUCUUCCUCCUGCUCCUCCACACCUCCCAGCAGUCCAAGUGUCACCCUCUCCCCAGCCUACAGCCACAGCCCAAAUCGGUGCCGCAAAGAAUCCACCAGCAGCUUGUCACCAAUUACCAGCCACUGGUCUGUCAAUUAAAGCAAAAAGAAAAACACACUGAUCCAUGUGGAAAACUGGACUUGGUGACUUUUUUUUUACAUUUCAUUAAAAGCAGCUCUGCUCGUCUAUGUGACAGGAAAAGCCAGCGUUAGUGUUGAGAGCGAGCUGACAGAUGCAGGGGUACAGUCACUGUGGACAUGUGUGGGUCCAGUUUUGCGUUGAUCCGUUUUGAUGCAGAUAAAUGUAGCAUUAAGUGGGACCUCCUUGUUUUGUUACAUUUCUAUCCUCUUUCUAGCAUCUGAAUACUUGAGAUCGUGUAGUUGGUGAUAUAAGGUGAUCGAAAAAUCAGCCAAAUAAUCCUUUACAUUUCUUUGAUUUUAUGCCUUUCUUAUAAUACAGUCUGAAUGUCACAAUGUUAUUAUGUUAUAUUUAUAUUCUGAUACAACGGGGUUAACUAGGCUAAAUGACUAGCCUAUCUGCUGUGUAAUAUUGUGCUUACAAGCUUUACAAAAGACAGAGUUUUGAAUAAAGAUAUAAAAAUUCUACCCACA